AUGGCCUCUCAAGCCCCUCGCAAGAUAAUCCUUACAAAGGAGCAACUCGAGCACUUCCAAAGCUCGCAAACACAUAAGGACAUCGUCUCGUAUAUCGAGACAUUGAAUACGGCCGUCGUGGGCGUGAAGUUGACGGACGAGUGCAGCCAGUCUUUCGGCGUGGAGGCGAUCCUGAACGUGCUUGAUCGCGUAGAGGAUAUCGCCAAGGCCACACCACCUGUAGACAACAAGGCGUCGCGGUUUGGCAACCCGGCCUUCCGGACAUUCUAUGACAAAGUUGCUGAGGCUGCACCAGAGUUGCACAAGACGCUACCCGGUCUGCCCCAGGAGGCGAUUCCGGAGCUUGUCGUGUACUUCGGCGAAGCGUGGGGAAACCGGACACGAAUCGACUAUGGGAGCGGAAUGGAACUCAACUUUCUAUGCUGGCUAAUCUGCCUUGAGCGGCUGAAGGUGGUCGAAGAGAGUGAUCACGUUUCAUUAGUGAUCAGAGUGUUCUGGAGAUAUGUGCAAGUGAUGCGAGUUCUGCAGUCGACAUAUUGGCUGGAACCUGCCGGCUCUCAUGGGGUUUGGGGGCUGGACGACUAUCACUUCCUGCCGUUCCUCUUUGGAUCCGCGCAGUUGCGAGGCCAUAAAUACAUCAAACCGAAAGCUAUCCAUGACAGCGAGAUUGUGGAUGAAUACUCGAAGCAUUACAUGUACUUCGCAUGCAUCAGGUUCAUUAACUCGGUCAAAACGGCCUCGUUGCGGUGGCAUUCACCUAUGCUCGAUGACAUAUCCGCGGUGAGGACAUGGGAGAAAGUGAACGCAGGGAUGAUCAAAAUGUAUCUCGCGGAGGUGCUGGGGAAAUUGCCCGUCAUGCAGCACUUUCUAUUCGGGUCGAUUCUCUCAUGGGACGGACCGCUACCGCCACCCCGAGACGACAUCAGCCAGGACGAUGCACACUGGGGCCAUGACCAUGCAUAUCAGGGCGAUUUGGGUGGCGCUGGCCAGCGCGAAGUUGGAUGGGGCGACUGCUGCGGCAUCCCUGUCCCUUCUGUGUUCGCCGCGGCCGAGGCGGAGAAGGGCAAGGUUCCCGGAGCAAGACUCGCUGGUCCAGGCAUCAGGCCGGUACCAUUCGAUUGA